AAGAUGGCGAGAGGGUCCAGGGCACGUCUGCUGCUCUGGGCGGUGCUGCUCCAGUCCGGCCGGGCAGCCGGUGGUCAAUCGGCGCCCGAUCGCCUCAACGGCUUCAGCCUCCACCCGCCCUACCUGAACAUCGCCCAGGGGGCCGACAUCUCGGCCACGGCCACUUGUGGAGAGGACGGGACGGGCCGGCCCCGGGUGGACCUGUACUGUAAACUGGUCGGCGGGCCGGCCGCCGGCGCCUCCAGCCAGACCAUCCAGGGGCAGUUCUGUGAUCACUGUUUGUCCGAUGAUGCGUACAAAGCUCACGCGAUCAGCAAUGCCAUCGACGGCACCGAGCGCUGGUGGCAGAGUCCACCUCUCUCCCGUGGACUCCACUACAAUCAAGUCAACGUCACCCUCAACUUCGGUCAGCUCUUCCACGUGGCUUAUAUUCUCAUCAAGUUUGCAAACUCCCCCCGUCCUGACCUCUGGGUCCUGGAGCGAUCGGUUGACUUUGGAAGAUCCUACAGACCCUGGCAGUACUUUGCUCAUUCCAAACGUGACUGUGAAGAUUUAUUCGGAACAAGAGCUCAUGGGCGGAUUACAAGAGAUGAUGAUGUCAUCUGUACUACGGAGUAUUCCCGGAUUUUACCGCUGGAGAACGGGGAGAUUGUUGUAUCCUUGGUGAAUGGUCGGCCUGGCUCCACCGUCUUCAACGACUCUCCUGUUUUAAGAGAAUUCACUAAAGCUACAAACAUCAGGCUUCGAUUUCUCCGGACUAAUACCUUAUUGGGUCAUCUAAUAUCCAAGACUCAAAAGGAUCCCACAGUCACUCGAAGGUAUUAUUAUAGCAUCAAGGACAUCAGUAUUGGGGGUCGAUGCGUUUGUAAUGGACACGCAGACACCUGCAAUGCCCAGAACCCAGAGAACCCCUUCCUGUUGCAGUGUGAGUGUCAGCACAACACCUGCGGAAUAUCCUGCGAGCGUUGCUGUCCUGGGUUCAAUCAGAAGCCAUGGCAACCAGCUACAACCUCAUCGGCCAACGAAUGUGAAUCUUGUAACUGCCACGGACAUGCCAAGGAUUGUUACUACGAUGCCGCAGUCAGCCAGAGGAGAGCGAGUAUGAACAUUCAUGGGCAGUAUGAAGGUGGAGGUGUUUGCCUGAACUGCCAGCACCACACAGCUGGGAUGAACUGCGAGCGCUGUGCCCCGUUCUAUUACCGCCGGGCUGGGGUUCCCAAGGACGCGCCCGAUGGCUGUGUAGCCUGCAGGUGUAACCCGGAAUUUGCUGAGGGUUGUGACGAAACCACAGGUGUCUGUCAGUGCCGACCGAGGUUCAGUGGGCAAGACUGCAAUCGCUGUGCGCCAGGACACUACAACUUCCCCCAGUGCACCCGGAGUCCAUUUUACACCACACCCCAUCCAGUUACCAUGGUCCCGACACCUGGAUCUCACCAGAGUUGUAAAUGUAAUGUGCAGGGCACUGUGGGGAACACCUGCUUUGUGAAUCCCUACACCCAGCGCUGUGAAUGCAAACCCAACUACACCGGCCCCUACUGCUCCCACUGUGCGGCAGGAUAUUUCGGGAAACACUGCCAACAAUGCCAAUGUUACAGCACUGGUGUGUCUCCCCAAGUGUGUGACCCAAACACUGGGCAGUGCUUGUGCCGAAGAGGGGUCGAAGGCUACUUCUGCGAAAGGUGUUCGGCAGGUCACUUCCGAUUCCCCUCCUGUGAACCCUGUCUCUGCAGUAGAGUUGGAACUCUGCCUCAGGUGUGUGAUGGUGUUGGGAGGUGCCUCUGUCGACCGGAAUUCGGAGGCAGUCAGUGCGAUCACUGUCGAGUGGGUCAUCACUCCUUCCCCAACUGCCAAGCCUGCUCCUGUGACCCUGUGGGGUCGGUGAACAACGACUGUGAUGCUGCUGGACGCUGUCGGUGCCAUCCAAACUACACGGGCCCUACCUGCAGAGAGUGUGCGUAUGGGUACUACGGUUACCCCACCUGUUCACCCUGCCAGUGCUCUCCUGAGGGCUCCUACGAUUCUGCAUGUGACCAGACCAGUGGGCAGUGCCGGUGUCAACCACAUUUUGCUGGUCAGCACUGUGAUACCUGUGCCUCCAGCACCAACGUCUUCCCCCGAUGUCAAGUGACUGACUGUCGAUGGCCUGGGACGGCAAGUCGUGUUCCCUCAGCUCACUCUGCUUCCUGCCAAUGCUUGCCAAAUCUUGAGGGCACUGAAUGUGAGAAGUGUAAACCACUCUACUGGAAGCCGGUUGAAGGCGGUCCUGAUGGUUGUGUCGAGUGUGGCUGUGUGGUGAGCGGAGCAGUUAGUGGGAUUGCAGAGUGCCACCAGGGCGAUGGCAGUUGCUACUGUAAACCCAACGUGUGUGGGGAGCUCUGUGAUUGGUGUGUGGAAGGACACUACAAACUGCAGGACAAGAAUUACUUUGGUUGCCAAGGCUGCGGAUGUGACAUUGGAGGGUCUGCUAAUCUAACCUGCAGCAUGUCAACAGGAACCUGCCAGUGUAGAGCGAAUAUAGAGGGCCGUGCCUGCAACAUGCCACGGAGUCAGCAUUAUUUCCCAGACCUCCAUCAUUUGAAGUACGAGAUCGAAGAUGGGUCCACGCCCAACGGAAGGGCCGUUCGCUUUGGCUUUGACUCAAAGGAGUUUGUGAACUUCAGCUGGAGGGGCUACGCCCAGCUGUCAACAGUGCAGCCAGCGGUGGUCAUGUCUGUCACUGUGACCUCUCCUAACCUGUUUCGCAUAGUCUUCCGUUACAAGAACCGUGCCCCCAAGCCCGUUAGAGGAAGGAUCUCAGUCACUGAGGAAGUAAAUGUUGAUUCUUGCUGUAACUUGUCUCCACAGACAAAAGACAUCAUCUUCGCUCGCAGUAAGGAACCUUCUUUUGUUACUGUCUCAAGGAGCAACUACGGUGACCCUUUUGUGUUCACUCCUGGAACGUGGACUGUCAGCAUUGAAGCAGAAGGUGUGCUCUUGGAUUAUCUGGUCCUGCUGCCCAGUGAAUACUAUGAAGCUCCAAUUCUGCAGUUUCAAGUGACGGACCCCUGCCUGUACACAACUGAACCACAGCAACGGGGCCAAAACUGCCUGUUGUACAAGUACCUGCCCCUGGACUCUUUCCCGACCGCUGGAGUCAGCGAUGGUGUGUACAUGGUCGACGGCAAACACCAGCCCACAGGCCAACUGUUGACAUCUGCCCAGGCAACGAUGGCCGACCUCACUGGCACACAGGUUCAAGUGCGGUUUAGGAUCCGGGCUCCUCAGCCAGGACAAUAUGUUCUUGUCCUUGAAUAUGCCCACCAGAGAGACGGACUACACCAGCUGGAUGUGUCUCUGCACAGUCCUCUGCAAACAGCCACUCACGGGAAGUUUAAUCUGUACAGCUGCAAAUACAGCUUCCUCUGUCGGAGUGUGGCGAUUGACCACCAGAACCGCAUUGCGAUUUUUGAUUCGUCCUCUGACGCUGAGCUCCGUCUGCAGGGAACGUCAGUCAGCUUCUUACUGCACCAAGUUUACUUAAUACCAGUUAACGAGUUCUGCAUCGAAUACGUGGAACCAAAAGUCCAUUGUGUUGCCGUUCACGGACCCAUCACAAACAGGAGCUCGUGUGUUGCUUCCAAGUAUGAAAUACCAGUAUCCACAGUAAGGGUGGAAGAAGGGGACCUUUCAACAGCCAGCGAUCCCUUCCAACCCCACACUUCCAAUGAUCCACAGGUCUUAUCCCAGCACCCUCCGACCAUGGUGGAACCUGGAGACAUUAUUUUGUUGAAAUCUCCACAGAAUCAGGUCACCUUCAACACCAGAGUGCCAAACGCAGGCAGAUAUGUGGUUCUUGUGCAUUUUUAUCAGCCUUUGUACCCCAUGUUCCCAGUGAAGGUGACAGUGGAUGGAGCUGACCCCUACGCUGGAUCCUUCCGUGCUUUCUUCUGCCCGCACGGGUUUGGAUGUCGCACCCAGGUCAUUUCAGGAAAGAGAAUAGAGUUGGAUUUAAGGGGUCUGGAAGUGUCCCUGACCCUCACGGUUCCCAAGGAGAAAGCACUUUGGGUGGAGUACAUCUUAAUCAUUCCUUCAGAGAGUUACAACCCCGACUUACAAAAGGAGAAACCUUUGGAUAAGUCAUUUGACUUCAUUACUGCGUGUGGUGGCAAUAGCUUUCACAUUGACCCAGCGACAUCAUCCAGGUUCUGUGUGGACUCGGCAAAGUCACUGGUGGCUUUCUACAACAACGGAGCUCUGCCCUGCAUGUGUAACAGUGAAGGUUCGACCGGCCCCGAGUGCAGUCCGUUUGGAGGGCAGUGUUCCUGCCGACCCCACGUUAUCGGACGUCAGUGUGACAGAUGUGCCACUGGCCAUUACAUGUUCCCCAAUUGUCGCCCCUGCAGUUGUGGCCGGCGCCUGUGUGACGAGCUGACGGGACGAUGUAUCUGCCCUCCUCAGACGGUGAAGCCCAAGUGCGAGGCUUGCGAGAAGCAGACCUUCAGCUAUCACCCCUUGGCCGGCUGCGAGCACUGCAACUGCUCGCGAGAGGGUAUCGUCAAGCCCGCCUCUCCUGACUGCCACCGGAAGACCGGGCAAUGUCGGUGCAAGCCACAAGUAACGGGCCGGCAAUGUGACAGAUGUUCGGUGGGCUUCUCCCGCUACCCAGAGUGCAUUCCAUGCGACUGUAACCGUGAGGCAACACAGCCCAACGUGUGUGACCCUGUAACUGGGCGCUGUCUGUGCAAGGAGAACGUGGCAGGCGCCCGGUGUGAUACCUGUCGACCUGGCUCGUUUCACCUGGACCCAGCCAAUCCCAAGGGCUGCACAAGCUGCUUCUGCUUUGGGGUGACCGAUCAGUGUCGGAGUUCGGAUAAACCCAGGACCAAGCACAUGGAAAUGAGGGAGUGGAAUUUAUUCACGGCAAAUAAGCAGAAGGUUCCGGUUGUCUACAACCGACGGAGCAACACUGUGGUGGCUGAUGUCCAAGAGCUGCCUGACGUGAUCCGUGAUUUACAUUGGGCGGCUCCCGAGUCCUACCUGGGAGACAAGGUGAGGAGUUACAGAGGCUUCCUGUCAUACCAAAUAAAAUCCUUUGGCUUACCAAGUGAAGGGAUGACUUUGCUCGACAAAAGAUCAGAUGUUCAACUGAGAGGUGAGCAGAUGACUGUUGUGUACUUUGAUCCGAAGAGCCCAGCUCCAGAUCGGGUUUAUCACGGACGGGUGCAGCUUCUGGAGGAUAAUUUCAGGCAUGCGGUCAUCAACACCCCAGUGUCCAGGGAGAACUUCAUGCUGCUGUUGAGCAAUGUGGAAGAUCUUCAGAUCCGAGCGCUAUAUUUCUCCCAGACACAGCGCCUCUCGCUUGGAUCAGUGCAGCUGGAGGAAGCCUCUGUUGCUGGGACGGGAAACCCAGCGACCAACGUGGAAGUGUGUUCCUGCCCUCCAAACUACUUGGGAGACUCCUGCCAGAGGUGUGGUGUUGGAUACUACAGAGAACGCAAAGGCUUUUUCCUGGGUCGGUGUGUACCUUGUCGCUGUCAUGGACAUUCCAACCAAUGUGAAGACCAAACUGGAAAAUGCAUUGGCUGCCAACACAAUACGGAAGGGGAUCACUGUGAACGAUGUCAAGCAGGUUUCUAUGGGAAUGCCGUCCAGAGCGUCUGCAACCCUUGUGCUUGUCCACACAGGCAAACCUCCAACAACUUUGCCACACAAUGUGAUGAGAUCAAUGGCGCCAUGAGGUGUUUGUGUAAACCGGGCUACACCGGGACAAGAUGUGAGAGGUGUGCUCCAGGUUACUUCGGGAACCCGCUGGAGAUCGGGAGCCAGUGCCGAAAAUGUCAGUGCAGUAAUCCGGACUCCAGCUGCGACCCCCUGACAGGACAGUGCAACAACUGCGAAGAUUGUACAAACGAGGAACCAAAGGACACCAGUUCUGAUGAAAAGUGUGACACGUGUGACAGCUGUGUUGAAACACUCUUGCUUGACUUGAACAAGAUGGAUUCUGACAUCCAAAAAAUCAAACUGCAGCUUCAGAAUGCCAACAUCAGCGCGAGUGCUCAGCUUCGAAUGAACGACUUGGACAGGGCCAUAAAGAGGACCGAGGCUGAGCUGAACGAGUAUCGAGCCACUGUCAACAAUCAGGUGAAAAGGACUGACAAUCUGGAAGAUGACAACAUGAAUCUCAUUCAAGAUAUUAAUGCACUCAAAGAAAAGGCGGAAAAGAAUUCCCGAAGCACACAGCUGUUGCUCACAUCGAUCGAUGAGACCACCCGGCGGGCGCGAGAGAUCCUGACCAACAUCGAAAAGGUGGUGUCGGACAUCUUAGAUCUCAUCAAGAAGCUGAACACCAUUGGCUCAGGCACCACCGGGCGGGAGAUGGCUGAGGUUGAACGAAUGCUCAAUGAGAUGAGGAACCUCAACUUUGACCAGGAGAGGAGAGUGGCCGACAGAGAGAAGAAGGAAUCGGAGAGAUUGCUUGAUCAUAUUAAGAAUACCCUGUUAAAAAAUAUCAACGAGAACAAGUUGCUUGCCACCGAUAUAAAGGAUGCAUUAAGUACCUAUCUGUCUAAACUAAUGGAUCUUCAAGCAGCAAUGAAUGAAGCAGCAAACUUGACCAGAAAAGCUGAUGACAUCAACAAAAUCAACUCCAUUACAUUGGAAGCUAUUAAGGAAAGACACGAUGAAUUGGAAGAUAAAAAGCUGGAAACCUCAAAUUUGAUUCAAAUGGCUGAUGAGACCCUUGGCAAACUCAAAAACAUGCUUCGUAUGUUGGAGGCCAGCCAGGAGGAAUAUGAGAAACAAGGAGCUGAGUUAGAUGGAGCCUUGCCGUUGCUUAACGAAAGGAGUAAACAGCUCACGGAGGCAUCCAGCAAGGAGCCCAUUGUGUCCCGUGCAGAGGAUCAUGCAAAUAACUUGGAUCAGCUCUCGAAGCAACUCCAGAGAGCGAUAGAAGAAGUGAACCAGGACUCCUUACUCCAGCAAGUUAUCAAUGCUUCUGAUGCCUAUGAGAACAUAAUCAACGCAGUGAAUGAGGCAGCUACAGCGGCAAGGAGGGCAGAGGAAGCGGCGGACGAUGCUCUGCAGAUGGUGGUGGGGCAAGAUUUGCCUGGACAAGCAGCUGAUGUAAACAGCAAGAGUGCCAGAGUCCUCUCCUCGACAACAGAUGCUGAGAAGACAUUAAACAGAGAUGUAAUCCCGAAACUCCAAGAUGUGAAAGAACGCCUCAAGGAUGGGACUGAGAAGAAAAACCAACUGAAGACAGAUCUUGCAAUUCUUCAGCGGAAGAUGAAGCAAAUAAACAGAGAUGAUGUGGGCCAGACUUUAGACCAAGCCCAAGGCCACCGCCAGAGGAUGAAAAAUUUGACUGACAGCCUGCCGGGGCUGGUGCAGAAACUGAAGGACCUGAGCCAAAUACAGCCUGUCAACAAUAUCUCCAAAAAUAUAAACCGUAUCCGGGAGCUCAUUGACCAGGCCCAGGGAGGCUGCAAAACGUGGGCAAUGAAAUUCACUGGUGAAUCUGGAGUUGAAGUCAGACUUCCCACUAACCUGGAUCACUUAAAGGCUUACACAUCCCUGCUCUUGUAUCUGAAACGGCCAGAGAUUUCACGAGGGGACAACAGGAGACGGAAGCGACAAGAAUCCCAGAACAUGUUUGUUUUAUACCUGGGACACAAGAAUAUUUCGAAGGAUUACAUGGGGAUGGUGCUGGAGGACGGCAAACUGGUUACCAUCUAUAAACUGGGAAGUGAAGAGAGCAGAAUAUCAAAUGAGCGAGUAGUCAGCACAAAAACCUUUGACCACAUCAAAUUUGAGAGGAUCAUGCAGUACGGCUCCUUAAAUUACAGUCUGGUCAGCCUCUCAGGCGGCAGCUCAUCGAUAGCCAGACCCACUUCACAAAGGACAAUGGAAAUGACCUGUUGCUUAACCUUGAUCCAAAGGAUGCUGUCUUCUACGUUGGAGGAUUUCCCCACCUUUACGCCUCCUAGUAAACUAAAUUAUCGAAAAUAUGAAGGUUGCAUUGAACUUGGUGUUCUGAAUGAGAAACUAAUCAGCCUGUACAACUUUGAGGAAACGUUCAACAUCAACACUACAAAAGACAGACCUUGUGAAAGAUAUAAACCAACCAAGGAACCAGGAAGUGAUGGCUACUACUUUGAUGGCACCGGAUAUGCACUUAUAAACCUGACCGGUUCUGUAGCAAGAUUAUCAAUCGAACAAACCAUUCAAGCAUCCACAAAAGAUGCAGUGCUGUUAUACUUAGAGAAACUGAAUACAACCUAUGCUCUGACCAUUGAGGAUGGAAGAUUGGUCUUCAGGUACAAUGUCACAUCAAAUAUAAACAAGCCUAUCAUAUCAACAAAAGAAUUGGACCUCACCAAAGACAAUGUGAUCAAGCUGCAAAUGGUAAGGAGAAGGGACAUAAAGAAGGUUGUUGUGCGAGUUGGCCACGAAAAUGUUAUUGAUGCUGAUGUCGAUCUCACAGAGUUGAACUUCCCCAACUAUUACCUGGGCGGAAUACCAAUGCAUAUUAAGGAAAGUUUAAACAUGCCCGUGAAAUCUUCACUGCGAGCCUGCGUGAAAAAUCCAAAGGCAACCUAUAACAAGGAUCUGUCCAGGGAGUACACUGUCGGAGUCAGUAAAGGGUGCUCACAGGAUCUCUUGCUGGUACGGACUGCCCACUUCACCGGCAACGGGCUCUUGGGUCUGAACGCCACCCGAAUCUCCUUCCCUGCCAACUUCCACAUCGGCUUUGGCUUCUCCACCAGUCAGCUCGAUGCCCUGCUGUUUUCUUAUGGAAAGGACAACCUUGAAGUCUCGCUGGAAAAUGGGAAAGUGAAGGUGAACAUUCUGGGCAAAACCCUGACAUCUAAACGCUCUUUCAAUGAUGGCGCUGAUCACUAUGUCUCAGUCCAGAGGAGAAGAGACAGGGCCUAUUUGAACGUAGAUGAUCUGGACCGGAGUGAAACAACACUGGGACUGGUACAACCUACCCCACAAGAUGCAGUGUACGUGGGAGGGAACAAGGGCAUGCAGAAUUUUGAUGGCUGUAUCAACAAUGUUUUUCUGAAGAGGGAAAAUCAAGAUCCCAAAGUUGAAAACUUGGUGUUUUCAACUGAGGAAUCCAACGUAAACCUGGAUACCUGUCGCCAACAGAGAGCCCCGGAAAUGCUUAUGUUGAAAGAAGGCAGAAAGUCGAAUGGCCAGGAAACAGUGAAGGUCGGUAAGAAUGGAAAGAAUCACAAACUUGUUCCUGAUCAUUCAAUAAAAGAAAAUACAGGCCAGGAGUUCAAUGGAUGUCCGGUGUCAUGGCAACCAAAGGCAAUCAGUGGAGCCUACCAAUUUGGAAAUUCGCCAGAUAGUCGAUUGGAGUAUGAUCACAUUCCCAAAACAUUUAAAGAAAGGUCAAAGUUUUCCAUUGACGUGCGGACAGUCACCAGAGAAGGAGUCAUCUUUUACGUUGCAGACAGAUCGGAGAAGUCCUACAUGACCCUCUACGUUUCCAGAGGCCGCUUUUUCUUUGUCUUCGCUGUUGACAGAAAACGGCUGAAGAUUCGGAGCAGAUCGAAGCACAAUGACGGGCAGUGGCACACGGUGGUGUUCAGUAGAGAAAAUAACAAGGGAAAGCUUGUUAUUGAUGGACUUCGGACACAACAGGGCACUCUGACCGGUGGUCCCCUCUUGAAAGUGGAAUCGCCGUUCUACCUGGGUGGAUUACCGUCGGAGAAAGGACGGCGCAGUCACAAGUUACCACGACAGAGCUUCCAUGGAUGUAUAAAGAACUUUAAACUGGAUGGUAAUCAACUGCAUCCUCCCUCUCGGACAUUUGGAGUCACACCAUGCUUUGAUGGCAACUUUGAGCAAGGAGCUUACUUUGCAGCAGAGGGAGCGUAUCUCGUUUUAGAUAACUCAUUCGUGGUGGGCAAGGAUUUUGAGCUCCUGUUUGAGGCACGCCCUCGGACCCAGACUGGUGUCCUCUUCCACGUAAACAGCCCUCAGGGAAACUACCUCAGUCUGUACAUGUACAAAGGAAAGGUUACAGUCCAUGUUAAUAAUGGAGCAGGAGACUUCAACACAUCCGUCACACCACCCUCACUCUGCGAUGGACAGUGGCACAGAAUAGCAGUGAUUAAAAGAAAUAACGUGGUGCAGCUUGAUGUCGACGCAGAGCGUGACCACGUUGUUGGACCCUCAGCUUCACUCUCUACCGACACAGCGGACCCUCUCUACGUUGGAGGCUUGCCAGAUGGCGUGCAGGUACCUCACAUCCUGUCCCGCACUUCAUUCAUUGGCUGCAUGGCGAAUGUGAUGGUCAACGUGAAGCCGGUGUCGCUCAGGAAAGCCACAGAGGUCCACGGUGCCGUCAGUGUGACUCAGUGCCCCGCGAUGUAAACUAUGACCACUGCUGCACCUCCAAAGAUAACUCCACCUUCUUGCACUUGUUGCCAUAGACGACUGAACUUCUGUCAAAACGCAGCACUAUUAAUUUAUUGUAACUCAGAUUUGCAUUUUUCUAGUUUUAGUCCAGUGAAUUUGAUGCAUUUAUGUUUGGCUUAAAGUCCUUUACUAUUAAACCGGAAAAGACCCACUAACUCUGUGAAAGGUGAUUCAAGUAUUUUACUUCCUAACUGGUGCUGUACUCUGUGGGGCCAAAUAUAUUACUAAAUUUUGCUGCUAAUUUUAUAUUUUUAUACUUGAAUGAUUAAUAUGCAAAAGAUAUUUCUAAAAUAAAUUUGAU